AUGUCCAAGAAACUCCAAGGAGAAAUUGAAAAAUGUCUUCGAGAAGCGCAGUUGAAUAUGCAGAUAUACGACGGGAAGUGGCGAGAGUUGAAGUCUUAUAACGAAGCGUCGGCAAAUCCGGACUGGGCUACGUUAGGGAGUGGCAAGAUUCGGGCGGAAGCUCCGGAAUUAUUGCAAUUGGGAUGUUUACGAUCCAGGAGUCAGCGAGGUUCGUCGGCUGCCAAUCAUCAGGAGUAUAUAACCGUAGAUGUGUCUACGAUGACUGAAAGGCAGGUGGCAGAGGUCAAAGAAAAGUUGAAGACGGAGUUGGAAAUGUUGAUGAAGAAAGUGUAUCGAUAUCGGCAGCAAAUGAUGGACUGGAUAACGCAUGCAGAUCUGCGGCAGACUUCGUUUACUAAGGAAGACCUGCUAGAAGCGAAGAAAGAGAUAGAAUCGCGGCACAGGAAGGGAAAAAUUUAUUACCUGCGAGGAGUCAGUUCGGAAGACACGACAAAUGAGCAGGCCAGCUUGCUCCAAGACGCAUACAAUUGGAUGCAAAUAUAUAUAGACCUUAUGCAAAACAAAACGGACCUCUUGACGUCAGAGAUUGAAUCUUUUCAUAGACAACGGGGUAAGUCAUCGGGUAAGAAAGGAUCUGUUAACAACACAGUUGUGGAAGACAACCCGAGGUAUCAGACGUUGCUGGCCGCUGUCGAAUGUUAUACCGGCCACGUGGAGCGGUUAGAUGACUGUCUGCGCAAAUUGAGGAACAAUGCCCUGUCUACAGAUGACGUUAACGAAGUGCUGGCCAAAGUAAAUGACCUCAAAGAAAUUCUGGAACCCUUGGCAGAAGAAAAUGACGAUCUCAGCUACCUUGUUGCCUUGGAUAUAUAUGAUGACCUCUGUCCUGUACAAGGAAGCAGUGGUGGGGGAGGUUCACAAACUCCUACGACUCCACAGUCGCAAAAAUUCGGAGAAAUUUCUCGGCCUGGUUCCACAGGCCCAGCUGGUACAGCCCCUGCAUCUCUCCCGACUGGCGUUCCGUUGUCCCUUGAUGUUCCGCUGCCCCCUGGGGUUCCUCUGCCCGCUGGUUCGGUGGACAAAUCUCCGACAACCGCAGAAAAGCCCAGGAUAGAUAAGGCAGGAGUAGACAAGGCGGGUUUAGAUAAAACAGGACUAGAUAAGGCAGGAAUGGAUAAACAAAGGUCGCUCCCCUACCCUCCAAUCAACCCGCUCAUGUCGCCACCGGUCAUGAAGCCACCUUCGAGUGCCGUCCCUUCGUACAGACAAGUUCUGGUGCAGACGAAGGCCAACGGUUCUUUGCGGAGCCCGACAGACACCGGGAGGGGUCCGGCGGAUCGGAACUCUCCGGGCCUGUAUAAUGUGGCUGACCCAGAGCUAGGGGGUCUCGGGGACAUACGGGAAUUAAAUAAUGGACAAGACCGCGGGUCCGGACAAGAUUGCGGGUCUGGACGAGACCGUGGGUCUGGACAGGACCGAGGACCGGGACAGGACCGAGGACCGGGACAGGACCGAGGACCGGGGCCGGAGGUGAUGCAUUUGUCUCUAGACGGUGGGCUGCAGGCCCCCGUGCAGGAAGACAUGUCGGCGCGGUUGCUGAAUGACAUGCAGCCAUUUCGGAAUGAUUAUUCGCGAGGCGGGUACAGGACAGGCGGCGACGACUACAGGACCGCCGCUGGAGACUACCGGAGUGCGGGCGACUAUCGGAGUACAGGUCCCGACUACCGGACAGUGGGUACGAGCGGGGACUGCAGGAAUACGGGUGACUACCGCAGGACAGUGGCGGAUGUGCACAAACGACUGAGUUCUUUGCGGCGUGAGAUGCCGGAGUGGGCGAUGCGGUCGAAUGUGCAGUUGUGCCAAGGUGUGACGGGUGAGUGGUGGAACCCGGCGUUGCUGGCUGACGUGUCGCCCUCGGAACAGCAGCGGCUGUUGGCGGUGUUGGAAAACACGCUGGCCGACCGUAUGUUGGACCGAACCGCACCCUUUGCCGCUGGUAACGUGCUCCCGGUGCUGGUAUGGGAGGGUGCACUCCCAGUCGUGGCUGCCGUCGCGGCUUGGUCGGGCGAGACACUCGAGGGCCAACGCGUCGCGGCCGACCGCAGCCUCAUCUUACGUCUGGAACGCGGAACGCGGAUAGAAGUACUCGCCACCGCCGACGCCUGGAAUUACGGACGGUUAGCCGACAGGCCGCAGGUCCAAGGCUGGUUCCCCGCCUCCUACGUCACUCAUCCACGUCGGUAG